AUGGCUGUAUUUCCACAAGGUCCUGACUUGAGGAUUGUGCUGAUUGGAAAAACUGGUGUGGGAAAAAGUGCUGUUGGAAACACCAUCCUGGGAGAAAAACGUUUUGUUUCUUCUCCCAGUUCAGAGUCAGUGACUGAAUCUUGUAAACAACAUGUGAAGAAGUUUGGUAACAGAGUAGUUAGUGUGGUAGACACACCAGGCAUUCUGGACACGGGAAAACCUGAAGAAACCAUCAAAAAAGAAAUUGUGAGAUGUGUUGAAAUCUCCUGUCCAGGUCCUCACGUGUUUCUUCUGGUCAUUCAAGUCGGUCGAUUCACCAAAGAAGAAAAAAACUCUGUGGAAGCCCUGCAGGAGCUGUUUGGUCCAAAGGCUAACAAUCACAUGAUUGUGUUGUUCACCCGCGGUGGCGAUCUUGGAGACAUGACGAUAGAGCAGUAUGUACAUAAAGGCAGUAAAGAGCUUAAAGAAAUUACCAAAGGAUGUGAAAAUAGGUUCCACGUCUUUGAAAACACAAACAGGGGCAGAAAGCAAGUGCAUGAGCUAAUCGGCAAGAUUGAUCGCAUGGUGGCAGAGAACACGCGCAUGUACUACACAGAUGAGAUGUUUCAAGAGGUGGAGGCUGCACGGAAAAUGGGAAUGCGAGUCAUUAAGUACAAGUUUAUUGCUCCACUACAAAAGCGCAUUUCAAAUUUUCAUUCCAUUCUUGCAAGAGAUUAA